UUCACAUUGAGUAAAACGGGUAUUUUUCAGAAAGAAUAAUCUGAAAUCGAAUCCUUCGUGACAUUACAAGUUUAAUUUAAUUAAAAAAUAAAAAAAAAAAAAAAAAAGAAAGAAGAAAAGGAAAAAAGGGAAGAGAAGCAAACAAUUCAAUUAAUGGAGAUCGCUCCCUGUGAUGCUGGCCAUUCCCCUGAAUUGCCGUAACGAAAAGUGAUCGCGUUUGGAUUGAGCUGGCAUAAAUCUAGCGGAAUCGUUUAUACCGUAAGCUAUCUACGUACCUGCUAAAAACAAAUCUGAAAUACUUAGAUACUUUCAAGUUUGACGUCGAAAUCGUUAUAUUUUUUCCUACACGGGGAAAUGUUCUUUUUCUAUCUCUUUCUCUUUCUCGCUCUCUCUUAAUUGAGUAAUGUCCACAUUGUACUCCUUGUGUAAACGACUGUUCAUGGAUUUUGUAUGAAGUAUCAGAACGGUUGGAUAUCGUCCAUCGCGGAGAAACUUCGCAAUCCAAGAAGGAGACUGAAGUUUGUAUAUGAUGUGUCACAUAGAGAGGAGAUGGAGAGUUCUGAAGAGCCAACAAGUUUGCAAUCCAUCUGUCAUUUACAUGCUUCGGAAUUAUUUCCAAAGCAUACACAUUUCGAAUGCGAGGAUCAAACACUUACAGUUCCAUUUACACCUUUGAGCGGAGAAUUCAUUGUAGCACUUGGACGUACGUCGGAUGGAGUGUUGGCUCUUUCUAAUUAUAGACUCUAUUUACAAUUAAGUCAAGCAUGUUACAAUAUUCCAUUGGGUUUAAUAGAACAGCUAGAAGUUAAAGAGAUUUUUUUCCUGCAUAUUGGUUGCAAGGAUGCUCGUUCACUGAGUUGUGUCUUUGCCACAAACGAACAUUGUUUGGAAUGGUUUAAACGAUUACAUAAGGUGACUUACCCACGAAAGAGUAUAGAAGAUAUAUUUGCUUUUGCAUAUUAUGCUUGGUCUAUCGAGGAAGGCAAAGAUAAUACCAAAUUAGGGAAAGAUAACAUAUCGUAUAAUGCUACCUUUAAUUCAGAAGUGGAACGACUAAAAUUUAAUUUGCAUGGUACAUGGCGCAUAAGUCAAAUCAAUAAAGAUUAUCGCAUAUGCCCAUCCUAUCCACCAUUGCUUCUGGUUCCUUCUUGCAUUCCUGAUGACAGACUUGAGAUUGUGGCAAAAUUUAGGAGUUUUCGACGAAUCCCUGCUGUUGUUUGGAGGCACGUGAAUAAUGGCGCAGUAAUAGCACGAAGCAGUCAGCCAGAAGUUGGAUGGCUUGGAUGGCGAAGUCCAGAUGACGAACAUCUUUUAAAGGCCCUCUCAGAUGCAUGUUCCUAUGAUAAAGGUGAAUCGACGAUGAUGGAUUCAUCUAUCAUCUAUCCCGAUACUACCGAUGAUAGCGUCACAUCAAAUAAAACAAAAAAAGUCUUAAUUGUGGAUGCUAGAUCAUAUACAACCGCUGUGGCGAAUAGAGCACGUGGUGGUGGAUGUGAGUGUCCUGAAUAUUAUCCUAGUUGUGACAUACAAUUUAUGAAUUUACCAAAUAUUCACUCGAUACGAAAGAGUUUUCACGCAGUGAGACAACUCUGUGCCUCGGAUGCGGAUCAACCUAAUUGGCUCAGUCUUUUGGAAGGGACACGAUGGUUACAACAUAUGUCUGGAUUAUUACGUGCUGCAGUGACUGUAGCGUCUGCGAUAGAAAGAGACGGCCGGCCAGUAUUGGUGCAUUGUAGCGACGGCUGGGAUAGAACACCACAGAUAGUCGCUUUAGCGCAGAUCCUUCUCGAUCCUUAUUAUCGAACUAUGGAGGGAUUCCAAGUUUUAUGUGAGAGAGAAUGGUUAGACUUUGGACACAAAUUCGCGGAUCGUUGUGGGCAAACUGUUGGCUGCGAAGAUCCAAACGAGCGAUGCCCAGUAUUUUUGCAGUGGCUUGACUGUGUACAUCAGUUAAUUUUACAAUUCAAAUGCAGUUUUCAAAUGUCUCCUGCAUACCUUGUAAAACUUGCACAGCAUACAUAUUCACAACUUUUCGGCACAUUUCUCUGCAACACGAGGCAAGAAAGGUUUCAGUUAAGAAUACGGGAGCGUACAUUUUCAGUUUGGCGUUUCCUCAAUUCCAGCUCUUUCAUAAAUCAUUUGUACUCUCCGUUAAAGAAUCAAGUAUUAUGGCCAAGUUGUAACGUACGCGACCUUGUUUUAUGGUCCGAAGUAUAUUUAGGUUCUAUGGAAUCUCUUCUCGGUAUCAGAGACGAUAAACAAAGAGUAACGAUGAUAGAUAUCGAAGGUGGUGAGAACGAAGAACCACAGGGACAAAUGACUAAAACUCGCUCAUACGGUGAUCUUAUGCACACUCCCGAUCAUGCGGCCUAUCUUCACCGUCGACUCAGCGAUCCAAGCGCUUCAGUAGAGAAGAAAUUUGAUUCGUUAACGCUUGACACGGAAACAAGCGAGAAAGGAAAACACAAUUGCACGGAGAAUUGUAUUAUUGGUGACACAAUAGAGAAAAUCAUAACAGAGAAUCAGGACAAAGCAAAAAGUUACACAACGACGACGCAAACUUUGAACGACUCGCCAGUAAAUCCAUCGGUAGACAGUUCAACGGACACACUAAUACCGAGUAACGAUUCUGUACUCGAGGCGAUUGAUAAAGAAACCAGAAAAACGGAGAAAAAUUCAUCACCGGACAUCGUAUCUCCAUGGAUCGAGAGCAGCGCAACCAGUCGAAUCGGUUGCUCUUGCAAUCGAAAUUACAAUCACAACCAUAACGAGGGUAGUGACGUUAGUGAUACCAGCAUACCGCAGAUAUCGAGAACACCUAGUAGCGUUUGUCCAGCUUCUCCAACUUAUCAAGAUACGGUACCAGAUAACCCUGAUAGAUUGGACGAUGUUGAUGGUCUUCCCCUUAUACAUUGUGAUGUUCAGAUGCGUGUACAACAGAUUAUCGUGGAACAUAAGUUGAAGGAGGAAGCGUUAAGGAAGGAAUUACAUACGACGAGAAUGGCUCUGAUCAAGCAAGUUUGUAAUCAUAAUGCAGAGACCGAUCGUGUUGAUGAUAUUGGAUCGUUACCAGAUUCAGUUGGAAGUACCGGUGAUCAUGGAGAAUCAUUACCUUCAGACAUGUCUUGGGAAGCAGUGGAAGAAUUGGGUCCUGCUCCUAUUCUCUGGGUACCCGAUCACGCGGUAAGUCGAUGCAUGGGAUGCGAUACGGAAUUUUGGCUGGGACGACGUAAACAUCAUUGCAGAUGCUGCGGUAAGAUCUUCUGUGCGGAUUGUUCCGAGAAUUCGACACCACUACCCAGCGAACAACUGUAUAAUCCCGUGAGAGUUUGUAGCGAGUGUUUCUCUCGACUUCAUCGGCAUACAAGUCCCUGUCAGUGUAAUGCUCGUCAUCAAAACAAAGGAGAAAACGAUGCGGAGUUAAAUUCUGAGAACUUGAUGACUUGUCAAAGAUCGAAAGGUUUGAAUCUGACAAAAGAUAGUUGCUGCGAUAAUUUGCUGCAGGCUGCGCAUCAGAAAGCGCAACCUUCGGUUACAGCAGCCACGGUAAAUUGAACACUCUCGCGCGAACGAGGAACCUCGAGGAAGUAACGUUCGCAGCAAUCUGGUUACUGUUUGGUUCUCGACAAUGCAGAAAGUGUAUCCAUAAUACGAUAAGUCAGCUGCGAUACACGUUCACACGUUUAUCAUUUAUGUCUGUACGAUGUGUGUUACAAGCAGACAUAUAGGUCGCGCGCGAGCCGAUAGCCAACCAUCACACAGUUAGAUAUUUGGAGCGAUCCAAUAUUUAUUGCUAGAGUAAUUUGUACGAAAAAGAGUGCAUAGAGUGCAUCGGACAAAGUGAGAGAAAAUGAGUCAGUAUACGAUAGGUUGUAUUUGUCUUAUACAAUCGUAUGUAUACAUAGGCGUAUAAGUUGAUUCAACGAGGAGAUACCUGGUUUCUUCAAACGAGACUAUUCAAGUUUCCCGUUUUUAGGCGAUCUUAUUCCCUUCUCAGAGAUACAGCAAGACGAGGCCGAGGAAUAUUUUGGAUAGGCUGUGACUGACGUCUAGUUCUAGACACCGUACGAGGUGCGCUCUUAAUUAAACGUCGAUCGUUCGAUCGAUGGAACAACUCGUUAUUAUUAGUAGUUGGAUUACGAUACGAGUAACUUGUAUUUGUAUAUUACCGCUGUUUACGAGAAUUGGUAUAUUAAAUGUCAUUAUCGUAAUAUG